AUGUCAUCAGUCUCGGUGCAUCGAACACAGAGCUCAUGCGAUAUCAAGAAGUUGAUUACGAUGGUGUCCAAGGGCUUGUUCUUUUUACUCUGUACGGCAGUCGUUGUAUUGGCUGACGAAGACAAGGAAACUUACACGGAUAAAUAUGAUAAUAUCAAUAUAGAUGAAAUAUUGGAAAAUGAAAGGCUUUUAGAGAAGUACGUCGAAUGCCUCCUCGAUAAAGGAAAGUGCACUGCGGAAGGAAAGGAACUCAAAGUGCAUAUGACAGACGCGUUGCAGACUGGCUGUGCGAAAUGUACAGAAGCGCAAAAGAAAGGAACAUCUAAAACAAUCAAAUUCCUGACCGAGCACAAACCGGAUAUUUGGAAUGAGCUCUGCGCAAAGUACGAUCCCGAAGGCAAGUGGAGGAAGAAAUACGAAGAAGAAGCAAAAGCCAAUGACAUCAAAAUCCCGAAU